AUGUUGGCUGGGUUGGGGCUGGAGGUGGAGGCAUGUUGGCUGGGUGGGGCUGGGGUGGAGGCAUGUUGGCUGGUGGGGCUGGAGGUGGAGGCAUGUUGCUGGGUGGGGCUGGAGGUGGAGGCACCAUGCUCCUCAGAGUCUCUCUCCUGCUCCUCUCCGGAUCCAUUUCUCCUCAACUGCCUCCCUGCACAGAGGAUUAGAGUGAGAAGACAGAACAUGAAGGUUCGCAUCAACGCUACGGGCGACACCAUCGUGAUGAAGUUUGUCCGGCCCAAYCCUGACACCAAGCUGGAGGGCUACAUCCUGGGCUACGGCAGYAGCAUGUUCUCUAAACAGUUCAUCCAGCUGCCUGAGAAUGGAGAGCCCUACGAGACUGAGAUAGACGCUGAACCCAAGUAUCUUGUUGCUGUCCAGCCAAUCCCSAGCAACGACGURAAGAAACAAUGCACAGGAAAGGUCUACCUGGAGAAGCCACUCCACCUGGUUAUUGGCUCCGUCACCCCAACCUCUGUGCUGCUGUCCUGGGGAACCUUCCUGAAGACGCCCUACGAAGCAGGCAACAUCAUGAACGACUGUUUGGAAGACGGAUCUCGUCCGUCCAAUCCUGUCAACAAAAAGACCAACCUGGUUGGCAAACCUGGUGAUAUGAACAUCUGGUUUGAAACCUGGGAGAACUCCUCAUUAUUCAGCUCCCUACCGGCCUCUGACGUGGACGCAUUGGGAAAGAAACGUUUCGUUGCACCCCAUGUAGUCUACAAGACGGACAAGAAACCAGACGAGCCGUGUUCCAUCACAACCUCUCUCAGCUACUUCCCAGAGGAGGAGGGCGGGGAGACAAACGUGACAGCCCCGCCCAAGUCUCCGCCCUCCAACCUCACUGUGGUAACGGUGGAGGGAUGCCCCUCCUUCAUCAUUCUAGACUGGGAAAAGACCGACAAUGACACCACAGAAUAUGAGGUAAUCUCCACGACGAAGGGACCAGAUGGUACUCAGGUCUCCAUCCUGACCACCAACCAGACUCACACUGCAGUGGAGAACCUCAAACCCGAGAGCAGCUACGAGUUCAAGGUGAAACCCAAGAACGGGUGUUGGAAGGGGCACCCAAGUGAAGCCUGGUCCUUCAACACUGACAUCGAGGUACGAGUAGAUGGGACCAGCACAUAUUGUUUUUAG